AUGAUUCACGAAGCAAGCUUCAUGCACCAAUUCAAAGAGGGCACAGCAUCUAUGAUUCAUGUUUAUGCCAUGUGUGCACUCGCUGCUCGGUUUUCAGACGACCCUGUUUUCCAUGGCAUCGCCCGUGGGUCGCGGGGAAGCAUUUACAUAUCCGAAGCUGUGCGUCUCGUUCAACAGUCUAUCAUUACUCCAAGUCUGGAGUCAAUGCAAGGCCUUAUCCUGAUUGGCUACUACUAUGGCGGGGAAGGUGAUGGGAAAGCAAAGCACAUCUACACUGGCCUGGCUAGGUUACACGCAGAAACCUUGUCUCUCUGGGAGAUACCCAAGGAUGGAAGCCUCCUCUCCCAAGAGGAACACCGUCGCACAUGGCUUUCCGUGAACAUUGCCAGUGAUUGGUCGGCAAUAGAUAUAUCAGUCGAACCAAUAUCAUUGAAUCACGGCCUGGAAGUCGACCUUCUCAAAUUCGAUGAUAUUGCUUUCCAGAGUCUCGAUCCAGACCUGGUCCAAGGAACAUAUAACUCACCUCCAUCUCCGUACAACAUGUGGGCUUAUAUGGCGAGGACACUUGGCAUCUUUAACAAGACUAGCGUGCUCCUGCGACGGAUGAGCCAAGGCUCGAUUUCUUUCGAUGAUUAUUGUCAGGAGGCGGAGGCACUGGAAGGCCGUCUUGAUGAAUGGGAGAAAAGUCUGCCCCUGAAUUUAAGGUACACCACGGAGAACAUCAUGUCCUCUGUCAACCAACGGCUUGGUCGGACCUUCCUGGCAAUGCAUAUUGGGUACCACCACUUUCGUCAAAUUCUCUUUUUCCCCUUCCUCGACGCACGCAGGGAUCAUGACAAUAUCAAACUUGCAAAAAACGCCUCGCAGUGCAAACGAAGUGCAAAUAUAGUAUCCGACAUCUUACGGCAUAGCACAAACAUCGAAAAUUGCGAUUUAAACUGUUUCAUCUACGGCCAUAUCGCCGUGAUCAGCUCAUGUGUUCACCUUCAUACUCUACUCUUCAGUGACAACACUGAAGCACUUUCCAUGGCACGACAAUGGCUACUAUUAAACUUCAAGUACUUGAUGGGCAUCAAAUCAUAUUGGCCCGUGGUCGAGCACUCUGUGGCACGUCUGCGAAAAUUCCACAAUUGCUGUCAGGAUUCCGUCUCAGACCCAUUCGUGCUGGACAAUUGGAUGGCCCGCUUUGUGACCGAGCACACUUCCUACCCCUCCGAGCGUCAGAACUUCGCUACAAAGCCAAGUGAUCUAGGUCUAGAGAGUACAACAGUGCGCAGUAUAUGUGCAGAUGUUCAUGGACCUCACCAUACCCGCAAUGCGGAGACUGGCUCUGAGGUGGAUGACCUAUCCCAUCUGUUACAUGACGAACAAGUGACCAGCGAGGCUCUUGUCAAUCAUGCACUGGACUGGCUGCUUGAAUGA